AUGUUACCUUGCAACCAACCUGAUGAUGACGUUUUCUUAAUUUUAGCCAGCUCAGUCCUUAAACGUCAGGCAUACCAGAAGUAUUUCCGACUGGAUCCAUCCUUUGAAUUACUAUCAACUAAGAAUAAGAUUAUCCAAGAGGAAAUAGUGAAUAAGCACAAUGACCUGAGAGCAAAUGUCUCACCUCCUGCAAGAAACAUGUUAAAGAUGAAAUGGAACCCAGAAGCACAAGAAUUGGCCCAGUCCCGGGAAAAUGGUGAAAAUCUCUUUAUGUCAACUAUUCCCAUAGAAUGGCCAAAGGUUAUCCAAGAUUGGUAUGAUGAAGUUUCAAAUUUUGAUUACGAAAAAGGACGAACUAACCCAAAAGGACAAAUUGAACAUUAUUCACAGAUAGUGUGGUAUUCAUCUUUCAAAGUUAUAUGUGCAAUGGCCCAUUGCCCUGAUGUGUCUUUCUGGUACUAUUAUGUUUACCAAUACUGCCCAGGUGGAAAUUACAGGCCUGAUUACUUUUAUGAAAUAAGAGCAUCUUGUGACAAGUGCCCAGAUUCCUGUAGUAACAACCUGUGCACCCAUCCCUGUCUAUACACCAAUAAAUUUGCAAACUGUGAAGACCUGAAAAAUCAAGUUUCCUGCCAACAUGAAUUUGUCAAGAACAACUAUAAGGUUACCUGUCAGUGACCCAAUCAAAUCUAUUAAAAUUUGAUUCCAUCAAUAUAGAUAACUGGAACAAAGUAAUAAUAGUAAUGGUUAUUUAAAAAUUGUAAUAUACUUGCAGUGAAGCUGUAAG